GACCCAUCUAAGCUAUCUUCAAUUGUAAUCCUUUGAUUAGUACACAUAGUUUGAAAAGUUCAAGUUGAGGGGCAAGCAUAGCAAGUUUGUUCAAAGUAGCCAGUUAAACCUUCCCUAUCAAGUUCCAAACUCCCAACCCCCUCCCUCCUUCCACAAGCAACAGCAGCAGCACACCAACUUCCAAGAAGAGGAACGAGGAGGAGGGUGAGGAGUUGCCUCUGAAAGAUAGCCAUCGUAACCAAAUGCAGCCAUGCAUAUAGCUAACAGGACAAGAAGAGGACGAGGAAGAAGAAGAAGCAGGAGCUGCAGGACACCUAGAACCAGCUGGUUGCUGCGACCAUGUCCUACGACCAGAUGCUAUCGCCGCUUCUGGGGGCCGGGCGAUCGGCGUGGAGAGCUACUCAGCACGGCGGUGGCGGCGACGCCGUGACGAGGCAGAUACUCAAGUGCACGAGGUGGCAGCUCGAGGAGACCACCGACUUCGUCACCUGCCCCUACCACUACUACUGCGACAGCUCCUACCCGGGAGACUACCCCGCCGCCGUCGGCGUCCUCGUCGCCUCCUUCGCCGCCUACUGCUUCCUCUCCACGCUCGCGUUCACGGUGCUUGAUCUCGUGCGGGGAAACGGCAACGCGACACCGGCCGGCGUCAGGGGCAUCAGGAGGAAGUACCUGCUCCCCUCGGGCCCAUUCUUGCUUCCCCUGCUGCUCCUCGCGCUCGCCAAGGGGCAGCGGGUCAACGCCGUGUUCCCGCUCGCGCAGCUCGGCCCGGCAUUGCUGCUGCUGCUGCAGGCCUCGGCGCUGGCGUUCCGCAACGAGGCCGAUGGCGACAUCCGGUACGCGGUGCUGGAGGCGUCCACGGUGUCCGGCGUGCUGCACGCGAGCCUGUACCUGGACGCCGUCGUGCUGCCGUACUACACGGGGUUGGAAGCUCUCCGGUGGUCGCGGUUCUCUGGUGAGUGCGCGUCGUGCCUGUGCCGGAUGGAGCCCCUGGUGGUCGGCGGCACGGCGGUGCAGUACCGCGGCAUGUCCAAGACGGCGCUGGCGAUCAUCUUCGCGCUGUGCUCGCGGAUGGUGUGCCGCAUCUACGGCGAGGAGCGGCUGAGCGCGUGGACGCGGUCGGCUCUGGAGGGCGUGGGCUGGGUGUUCGUGGCGGCCGACGCGGUCUACCUCGUCGGGUGGGUCGCCGCGGAGGGCGGCGCCGUUGGGGUGGCCGCGUACAGCCUGGUCGCCGGGCUGGUGUUCUUGAGCGUCUUCGGCAAGGUGUACCGGUUCUUGGCGUGGGUGGAGACGAGGCAGUCGCAGUGGAAAUCCAGCCUCUGCCACAGCGUUGUUUGAUUGAUUGAUACUCGUCAGAAUUCAUCCUCGCCUAGCAAAAAAUCUGUAAAAAGAAAGAAAGAAACUAUUGCUUAGUUCAUCUUUUGCUUGCUGUACAAUCUACACAAUGGUAAAAAGGUGCAAUUCGUUUUUUUUUU